GCCACGCACUCUAAAGAGAGAGUAAGAGAGAGAAAAAAGAAAGCGAAAGAGAAAAGAGAGAAAUGCCGAAAUUCGAUCCAUGGCCUGUUUUCUUCAAGCGCGAGUGGAACCGCAACUGGCCUUUCCUGGUCGGCUUUGCCAUCACCGGAGCCAUCAUCACCAAGAUGUCUCUCGGCCUCACCGAGGAAGAUGCCAAGAAUUCACCCUUCGUUCAGAGGCACAAGAAGUGACUUCUGAAUGACAGCAUAGAUGCUAGCUUAGCACCCCUACUUUGAGAGGGGAGUUUUUCCUGCUUUUGCUUCAAUGAUUGUGUAAUAACAGAAGUGAGAUGUUCGGGAUACUCUAUUUUUUUUUUACCAGCAGAUGUUUCAACAUGAAUAAUAUUGAAGACUUUUGUUGAUUGGGCAAGGGCCUUUUGCACUUGAAGUGAUCAAAUUUAAGAAUGGCUUGAUGCUUGUUUUA